CGUCAGAGUGCGCUGAAGGCGCACUCAUUGUAAUUGUCUAUCUAUACGUGGAAGAUUAAUCUUGGCCUGUCACGUAUCGUCUUGUAAAAAAACGUUCGAAGAGUUCGAUCUUGAAAGAUUAUCAGAGAAAUAUAGUUUAGUAAUUUUUAUAUAUUGCGUAUAUACGGUUUAUCGUACGGAUAAAUUGUACUGCCUAUUGUUCAUUACCAUGACAUACUUACACUCGUGGGAAGAAUUUGAAAAAGGUGCCGAGAGGUUAUAUCUGCAAGAUCCGUUGAAUACUCGUUAUACGAUGAAAUAUUGUCACAGUAAAGGAGUUUUAUGUCUAAAGUUAACUGACAACCGACGGUGCCUCCAGUAUAGAACAGAAAUAGCUCAGGACUUAAAAAAGAUGGAAAAAUUUAUAGGCAACCUUAUGAGACAUAUGGCAUCGAAAGAUAGCUGAAUAAGCAAGAUUCGUAUGUAUAGGAAUUCCUUUUUUUACACGGAGAGCGAAACAUUCUGUCUAUGCAGUUAAGAUUUUGUUAUCUCAUAAGAUUUAAUAACUGCGAUCCACGGAUAUUAAUUUUGUUCAAGGUACAAAAGCUUUUUUAAAUAUACAGUAUAUGCGUAUGAAA